AUGUUCUUCCAUCAUUUCAUUCCUUUCAUUUUGGCCUAUGCCAUCCCACUCGUCCUGGCUGAUGGGUACAAAAAUAUCGACCCUUCCGCCACCAAAGGAGCCAGAUCCCUCCUCCGAUUGAUCCAGUCUCGGUUCGGGUCCCAGUACCUUUCCGGCCAGCAGGACCUAGUCAGUCUUGAAUGGGUCCAAGAGAAUAUUGGACAAACGCCCGCCAUGCUGGGCAGUGACUUCAUGGACUAUUCCCCCUCCGCUGUAGCCCACGGCACCAAAUCCCACGCCGUCGAGAAUGUUAUAAACUUCCACCAUCAAGGUGGCAUCAACGCACUCGUCUGGCACUGGCACGCACCAGCCUGUCUCUAUGACAACUCCGAACACCCCUGGUAUUCGGGAUUCUACACUGAGGCAACGUGUUUCGAUAUAAAGGCGGCGCUCGCCGAAGGGAACCGCAACGGUACCAACUACCGUCUCCUCCUCCGUGACAUCGAUGCCAUUGCCGCGCAGAUCAAGCGUCUCUCCGCAGCCGAUGUCCCAAUUUUGUUCCGGCCCCUGCAUGAGCCAGAAGGCGGAUGGUUCUGGUGGGGUGCUAAGGGCCCGGAGGCUUUCCACCAGCUCUGGGACCUCAUUUACACCAGGAUUACGGAACACCACGGCCUUCACAAUAUCGUUUGGGUCUGCAACACCGCUGAAUCGGCAUGGUAUCCCGGCAACGACAAGUGCGAUAUUGCUACAGUUGAUCACUACGCAGAGGCCGGCGAUCAUGGAGUCCUGCAGGAGAAAUGGCAUAAGUUGAACGAGGUGACAGGCGGAAAGAAGGUGCUGGCGCUGGCUGAAGUCGGCGUGCUUCCAGAUCCGGAGGAGCAGGCCAAUACUAACACGCAUUGGGCGUAUUGGAUGUGCUGGUCUGAUGAUUUUAUCAAAAAUGGCAAGUACAACGCCAAGGAGUUUAUUCAGCAGACAUACGAUAGUCCUCGCGUUCUCACCCUGGAGGAUGUUCAGAAACCUGGCAAUCGGACCCUCAGUCGCCGUCGCCGGCUCUAA